AUGUCUCGUUCUCUGGGCCGUCUUUUCAGCAGACGAUACGAUCAGCCGGGCCAGACCAACAGUCCAAUGUCCAUCCGGGAGUCGGAGCCGAUCAUGAUCCCCGCCGUCGGCACCUGGAGUUACAGCAAACCAGACUCCAACAUCUCCUUCAAGUUCCUCGACACCCACCUUGCGCAGUUGGACGAAGCCUUGCAGGAGAACACGACCGCCGUUCUCUUUGUCGCCAAUCUCGCAUGCUACGACGAGCCGGUCCCGCAAGCCACAAACCACAUCCAGGGCGUGCUAGGUUGUUUCGCUACGCUACGAAGCAAAGCCCGCCAUCUUCCUAUGAUCUUCAUCCUGCGCGGGACCGACGAAUUCAAAGCCCGGCAGCAAGAGUCGCCUAUAUAUCGCUGCUUCCCCGACGGCGACUCGACGCAUGAGCUUGGCGAUGUUGCAGGAAUGAAGCUGCUUAUGCGCAAAGUCGACGAGCUCGGGGGGGCGGGUCAAAAAGACGGGGACCAAGCGAAGAGAGGGGAGUUGACCAGGAAGGGGGGUGCUUUGGAGAUGCGGUUCGUCGCGGCGGCGGUGAAGGAGAUUGUCGUCCAAGCUGCGGGGGAUCCUCGAUGA